UUUUCAUUUCAAAAAGUAGAGAAGCUUACAUCAACUCUCUGCUUUCACGAAACUCCAUUCUCAUUAUAUAUAAAGCACCAUAUUUAAGCUCUAUUUGUACGUUCAUUCUUCUUGCACUUUUCCUCAUUGCUCACUUGCCUUUUUCUUACAUUCAAAACCUCUGUACGAAAUCCAUGGAUGCUUUUAACAUACUCAAAUUCUGGCGCACUGCCGCCGUUAGAGAUAUCGUCUCUGAUCUUGAUUCUGUUAAUAAUUUCGUCGACACUGUCGAUUACUUACACAACCGAGCACUGGAGACUGAUGAAAAAACCAAUGACGACGAAGACUCGUUCUUCGAUUUGGUGUUCACAGGACACCCUAAAGAAAACAACAACUCCAAGUCUGUUUCUGAAACAGGCCCCCUUGACGAUUCUUCUGUAAAGCAAGGGAAGAGCAAACUCAAUCUUCCUGAGUCUCCUAAAGAUGUGUUUUUUAAACCAAAAGCUUUUCCAGUUGACUCAAACUCCAAGCCUCUUUCUCCGAAUUAUAUACUCAGAUCAGCUCCCAAGUUUCGCGUCUGCUUCUUGGGCUUCAGGAAGUCAAAGCCGGAGAAAGUGGGCAUUAACGAUUCUUCUGCGGCCAGUCCAAAGAUUCAAGUCGGCCAGAAACUAUCGCCUAAGGCAGAGAGCACUCGAUUUACGGUGAAAUGCAAGGUGGAGGAGGUUCCAGCCAGCUGUAUUUCCUUCAGAUACAAUAAAAGUUCAAAAGGAAACCAAGUUCAACAAGAAGAAGACGAUUCUUCAGUUAAAGACUCGUCAAAGCAAGAUAUGCCCAAAUAUUUGAAGUUAAUGAAGCCACUGUACUCCAGAGCUUCCAAAAGGUACACCGACAAUAUAAAAAUAUCAGACAAUGUUUCAAGAGCAGGUCAAUUGUGUUCUCCGUCAAUGCAAUCAUUGAGCUUACCCAGAAAAUCAUCAGAAGAGGGAAAACAGGGGAGCCGAGUUGCUGUACUUGGAGUUGUUCGUAAACAGCUAAGGAAGAGCCGGUCGACGGCGUCAUUCGUUGCGUCGCCGAUGAACCGGAGAGACGAUUCACUGCUGGAGCAAAAUGACGGAAUCCAAGGUGCUAUUCUUCAUUGCAAAAGGUGCUACAGCUCAGCCGCAAAAGACUGUUCGAUGUCAUUAUCAAGAUCUACAAAUGAAGAUCUGUCAAGAGCCUCUUCUGAGGAGCUGAACAGAUGGAGUAUUUGAAUAAACUCAUCAUUUUGAAACUAAAUAGAUUGCGGGAACUGAAAAAUUACUAGAUACAGAGGCUUUGUAUUGUUCCCUUUGCUAGUAUCAGUAUUUUUGAAUAUUACAAACGGACUAACAGAGUACUGUUGUUAGUACAUCACUUGAAUGAAUAGUUUUUGUUUGUGUAAAGUGACUGAGGAACAAAUGUAGUAUGAUUUCUUAACAUCUUUAAGUAUGACUAAUCUUUCAGAGGUUUUCUGUUGUGAAGUGUAAAUGUUCAAUUUGGUCAUUAUUAUGUUUUAGGUUCCAAUUUCCAAAUAACUUGCUCAAAUCUAAGUUGUCAUUAU